AUAGCGGGGAGCCUCACAGAGGAGGUGAAACAGGUUUCAUGAGAUCAGAAACAAUACGAACCUUGGCACGUAACGCCUCCUCAGCUGGAGGCAUUACAUGCCAAGACGCUUAGAAGAUCAGGAAGGAACACAAACAAGUUCAGAUAGAAGACAAGCAGAACUAAGACGAUUGGAAAAGAUGAACCAGACUGUCUGAAGAUGGACGUUUUUGUGGAGGAUCUGGACAUCAGAGCUGAACUUUCAGCCUGCAAGAAAGAAACAGGACCCUCAGACCCAGAAGGUCAGAACCACAAACAGAGAGCAGAGUCUCCAGGAUCCAGUUGUCUGUCCAUGAGGAGUGACUGCUCCAAAAAUAUCCUUCAACACUUCAGUAAUGAGCUCUCAGACACAGAAGGUCAAAUCCACAGACAGAGAGCAGAGUCUCCAGGAUCCAGUUGUCUGUCCAUGAGGAGUGACUGCUCCAAAAAUAUCCUUCAACACUUCAGUAAUGAGCUCUCAGACACAGAUUUUAUUAAAUCAGGCACAGGAACUCCUGGAAAGGAGAUGAGUGGUGGCUGCAGCAGCUCUGUAGAAGCAGAUGUUGGUCUUUGGGACAUUUUAGAUGAACACAAGGUCAGUCUGAGAAGACGAUGUGAAUGUGUGACCGAAGGAACUGAUGAAACAGGAAGUAGAACGCUCCUCAACAGAAUCUACACUGAGCUCUACAUAACAGAGGGACUAAGUGAAGAUGUUAACACCCAACACGAGGUGAGGCAGUUGGAGACAGCUAACAAAAUAAAGGCCCUCCAUGAUACGCCAAUCAGGUGCCAUGACAUCUUUAAACCUUUACCUGACCAACGUGGAGCCAUCAGAAUAGUUCUGACGAAUGGCAUUGCUGGCAUUGGAAAAACCUUCUCAGUGCAGAAGUUCACUCUGGACUGGGCAGAGGGCUUGGAGAACCAAGAAGUCAGUCUGGUGGUUCUGAUUUCGUUCAGGGAGCUGAACUUUAUCAGAGAUGAGCAGUAUAGUCUUCUCACGCUGCUCCAUGAUUUCCAUCCAACACUCCAGAAGCUCCCUGCUGAGAAGCUGGCUGGCUGUAAGCUUCUCUUUAUCUUUGACGGCUUGGAUGAAAGCAGACUUUCACUGGACUUCAACAACAGUCAGCUUGUUUCUGAUGUCACACAGAAGUCAUCAGUCGACGUUCUGCUGACAAACCUGAUCAAGGGGAACCUUCUUCCGUCGGCUCUCAUCUGGAUAACCUCCCGACCUGCAGCAUCCAAUCAGAUCCCUCCUGAAUGUGUUGGCAGAGUAACAGAAGUGCGAGGCUUUACUGAUGUCCAGAAGGAGGAGUACUUCAGUAAGAGAUUCAGGGAAGAAGAGCUUACCAGCAAAAUCAUCUCCCACAUCAAGACAUCCAGGAGCCUCCACAUCAUGUGUGGAAUCCCAGUUUUCUGCUGGAUCACUGCAAAAGUUCUGGAGCACAUGCUGACCAAAGACCAGCGGCAGGAGCUACCCAAGACCAUGACUGAUAUGUACUCACACUUCCUGCUGGUUCAGACAAGGAGGAAGAAGAACAAGUACAAUGAAGGACAUGAGACAAGUCUGCAGGUGCUCAUGGAGGCUGACAGGGAGGUUCUUCUGAAGCUGGGGAGGCUGGCGUUUCAACAUCUAAAGAAAGGAAACAUCUUGUUCUAUGAAGAAGACCUAAGGCAGUGUGGUCUUGAUGUCACGGGGGCCUUGGUGUACUCUGGAGUUUGUACAGAGAUCUUUAAAAGAGAGUUUGUAAUCUUACAGAAACCAGUGUAUUGCUUUGUUCAUCUGAGCAUUCAGGAGUUUCUGGCUGCAGUUUACAUGUUCCACUGUUACACAAACAGGAACACAGAAGUGAUAGAGAGAUUCCUGGGAAGAAAAUGCAGGAAAUUCUCUCUACAGGACUUCCUGAACAUAAUCAUGGAGAAAGCAUUUAGAAGUAAAUCUGGACAUCUGGAUCUGUUUGUUCGCUUCCUUCAUGGCCUCUCUGUGGAGUCCAAUCAGAGGCUUCUAGGAGGCCUACUGGGUCAGACAAAGAUCAGUCCAGAAACCAUCCAGAAAGUCAUUGACAAGCUGAAGAAGAUGAACACUGAUAAAAUCUCUCCUGACAGAAGCAUCAACAUCUUUUACUGUCUACUGGAGCUGAAGGACCUGUCAGUUUAUCAGGAGAUCCAAAAGUUCCUGAAGUCGGAGAACAAAUCAGAGAAUAAACUCUCAGAGGUCCAAUGCUCAGCUCUUGCCUACAUGCUACAGAUAUCAGAGGAAGUUCUGGAUGAGUUGGACCUAGAGAAGUACAACACAUCAGAUAAGGGACGGUUGAGACUGAUUCCAGCUGUGAGGAACUGCAGAAAGGUUCGACUUUUUAAAUGUGGACUCUCAUGGACUCAUUGUGCAGUUCUGGCCUCUGCUCUGAAGUCCAACCCUUCUCAUAUGACUGAACUGGACCUGAGUUGGAACGACCUGAAAGACUCAGGAGUGAAGAUUCUUUGUGAUGGUUUGGAGAGUCCAAACUGCAGGCUCGAGAUGCUGAGGCUGGAGCUAUGCAGUUUGUCAGAGAUCAGCUGUGCAUAUGUGGUCUCAGCACUGAAAUCCAACCCCUCCCAUUUGACAGAACUCAACCUGAGUGAGAACAACCUGAAAGAUGCUGGAGUGAAGGAGCUCUGCUGUUUUCUAGAGAGUCAACAUUGCAAAAUAAAGACUCUGAGAUUGUGGGGCUGCAGUUUGUCAGAGAUCAGCUGUGCUUCUCUGGCAUCAGCUCUGAAGUCCAACCCGUCUCAUCUGACAGAACUGAACCUGAGCUGGAACUAUAACCUGAAAGAUUCUGGAGUGAAGGAGCUCUGCAAUUUUCUAGAGAGUUCACCCUGCAAAAUAAUGAAUCUGAGUUUGAAGGACUGUGGGUUGUCAGAGCUCAGCUGUGCUUCUCUGGCCUCAUCUCUGAAGUCCAACCCCCACCAUCUGACAGAACUGGACCUGAGUGAGAACUUCCUAAAGGACCCAGAUGUUAAGCCACUCUUGAAGCUUGUGAAGAGUCCAGGCUACAAACUGGAGGUUCUGAGGUGGAGGUUAAAAUCUUUACAAUGAAAAGUCUAUCAGUUGUGACCUGAUGAUCCACAGAGGGUGAAGCAGCAGCAGCAGUUUGGACUUGAAGAAACAUUUACUAGGUCAUGAUGAUGAGAUCUCAUAUUUAGAGUUGUUUUUCCUGUUUAUUUUUUCAAGCACAUAUUUUAUGUAAUGAGAUAUUUCUAGUGUCUACUGAACAUUAAAGUUAAAAUCAAGUAGUUACAUUCUAUAACCUAAUUUUGUAUCUAUGUAGAGUUUACAUAAAAUUUAUUUGUUCUGUUUUAUUUUUAUUGUAAAAUAAAGUAAUAUUGAAAAGUUUU